AUGUUUAAAGUUCUUAUUGCUCUUAAAUCAUAAUAAUAAUUCAAAUGUUCUGUGACUAUGGGAGGAAAGUCUAAAGUAGUAACACUACCUUAAACUGAAGGAUUAACAUUUAAUGUUGAGUAAUGUAAAUUAAUAUAUAAUAAGCUAAUUAAGUUCAAUCUAAUUAAAAUACAAUGACGAAAUCUUUAGAAUUUAAAUUAAUGAAGAUAUAACAGAAACAACUGGUGAAUAUAAAUUUACUAAUGUAAGUGGAUAAUAUUACAUUGUAUUGAUAUAAGAUGUUGAAAAACCAUCUAAAUUAAACAUAAAAUAAAAUGUUUAAACUUCAGAAUCACCACAUAGAAAAAAUGAUACAGAUAGAAGUUUAACAGCUAGUACUAAAAAAUUUAGUUUUAAGACUCCUAAAAAUAGAUAGAAAUCUGAAUCAAAUUAAAAAUUAACAUAAUCAUUUUUUUUAGGAGAUAAUUUAAUGGAAUAAUUAAAACAAGAAAACAAUUAACUUAAAUAAAAAAUAAUAGAACUUGAAAAUUUAGUAAUUAAGUUGUAAGAAUAAAAUGAAUAGAAAAUAGAGAAAGUAGUUUAAACUAAAUAAGAAAUUACAACAAGUGAUAUUAGAAAUGAUUUUUAAAAUUUAUUGAGACUGCAAAACAAGUAAGCAUAAGAGAAUAAACAAUUACUAAAAUAGUUAAUGGAUUUAGAUGCUAAUUAUUAAGAAGUAAUGGAUAAGAAAUCUUAGGUUGAUUAAGAAGUUAUUAAAUUAAAAUAAACCAUUAGUUAAUUUGAUUGUCAAAUAACAUAAUUAAAGAGCAGAUUAACAUAAUUUGAAAUAGAUGGAUUAAGUUAAAACAUAAAAUUAAAUUUAUAAAUUACUUAACCAAUAGAAAAUGAUGAAAUAGUUGAUAAUUUGAUUAAAUAAAUAUUAAAAAUGAGAGCUACUGGAUCUCAAUACAUUCCAAUAAAAGAAGAUAAAUUGGAUUCUAAAUUAGCAUAAGUGAUAGCUAAAGAUUACACAUAAUAAUAUUAAUUUAUUAGAUUAAAAUAAGGAUUAUAUUUAAUAGGUGAGGAAUAAUAUUAACUAUUUUUGUAAGAGAACAAGAUUAUGAUAACAACUGAAGAUGGUGUAUUAUAAUUAUAAGAUUUUUUUAAAAAUAGAAAGAGAGUAAAAUCAACAAAUGUUCGUAAAGCAUGA